CCAACGUAAUCAUCCGACGUGGAAGAAACACUUCAUGUGGGCCUAUGUUUGGAUAAUAAUUCAAUUUGUCUUACAAUAUUACCAAACCCUGCGUCGAAGCACCUGUGACGCAGUUGAUGAACGCUUAUUUACUUAAGAGAAAUUCAGCUCAGUUACGAGAACCCAUUUCGUUCGGUUUUUAUGUGUUUCCAUGUUGUUUCAUUUACUCCCUCAAAAGUAUCGUCUGCUAACUUUUGAUCAUCCUUAACUGUCUCACGUGAUGCGAAGUGAAUUUAUCAAACAUCCAGCAAACAUUGUAUCAUGUCGUCUCAUGUCUCCUCUUUACCCGUUUCCGUUCACAGUUUGCAAUCAAUUUUCACGCGGCGUCUUCUCAAUGCUUGGAGCCGUCUCGCCGGAUUCCUUCGACACGCUGCACUCGUACAGCAACACCUUCCAGAUGCCAUUCGUGACGCCCUGGUUCCCGGAGAAGGUUCUCACACCGUCGUCCGGCUUUCUCGACUUCGCUAUCAGCAUGCGGCCCGACUACUAUCAGGCCAUCAUCGAUACGGUGCGCUACUAUGGUUGGGAUCGGAUCAUCUACAUGUACGACUCGCACGACGGCCUAUUGCGGCUACAACAGAUCUACCAGGGACUGCGGCCAGGCAACGAAACCUUUCAUGUCGAGACGGUCAAGCGGAUAGCGAACGUAAGCGAUGCGAUAGAGUUCCUGCGCACCAUCGAGGAGCUGAACCGGUGGUCUCGGAAGCACAUCGUCCUCGACUGUAGUACCGAGCUGGCCAAGGACAUCGUGGUCAGGCACGUCCGGGACAUCACGCUCGGCAAGCGUACCUACCACUAUCUCUUGAGUGGGUUGGUGAUGGAUGAUCGUUGGGAGAGUGAAGUUAUCGAGUACGGGGCAAUCAAUAUCACCGGCUUCCGAAUCGUCGAUACGAGCAAAAAGUACGUCAAGGAGUUUCUUGAUGGAUGGAAGCGAUUAGAUCCGACCACAUCGCAGGGCGCCGGUAAAGAACUGAUCUCGGCCCAGGCUGCCCUCAUGUACGAUGCCGUGUUUGUGCUGGUCGAAGCGUUCUCCAAAAUUAUGCGCAAAAAGCCGGACCAGUUUCGGGCGUACACAAUGCGCAAUCGAAACCAGCCGUUUAACCUUCCCACCAACGGAACGCGAACAUUGGACUGUAAUACUUCCAAAGGGUGGGUCACCCCGUGGGAACACGGUGAUAAAAUUUCACGCUACCUGCGCAAGGUGGAAAUAUCGGGCCUUACCGGUGAUAUCAGAUUCAACGAGGACGGCAAACGCCAGAACUACACACUGCACGUGGUCGAGAUGACAGUGAACAGCGCAAUGGUAAAGGUGGCCGAGUGGUCGGACGAAGGCGGACUGGCGCCGGUCGUCGCAAAGUACACCCGGCUCAAGACGGACAUGCAUUACGAGCGGAACAAGACCUACAUCGUGACGACCAUCAUCGAGGAGCCGUACAUCAUGCUGCGACAGCCAGAACCGGGCGAGACGCUGGAGACGAACGAGCGCUUCGAGGGCUACUGCAAGGAUCUGGCCGAGCUGUUGGCGAAAAAACUCGGCAUCAACUAUGAGCUGCGGAUAGUAAAGGAUGGUCAGUAUGGUUCGGAAAAUCCAGACGUCAAGGGUGGCUGGGAUGGAAUGGUCGGUGAGCUGGUGCGAAAGGAGGCCGAUUUCGCUAUCGCCCCUAUGACCAUCACGUCCGAGCGCGAGCGCGUCAUCGAUUUUAGUAAACCGUUCAUGUCACUCGGCAUUUCCAUCAUGAUCAAACGGCCGGUCAAGCAGAAGCCGAGCGUAUUUAGCUUCCUCAAUCCACUCUCCAAAGAGAUCUGGAUAAGCUGCAUGAAUUGGUUCGAGUUUGCAAGAAUGCAAGUUUGACAUUUGCAGUCGUCUAACUACAAUGAGCAGGUUUCUUAUACAACAAUCGUACUUUUGCAUCAAAUCUUGAUGUCGGCGCGGUAUAAAAGUUUCUUUAAGAACAAAACUCAGCUUCCUGGAGAUUUCUUUCUCGGCUGCAUGGAAAGAAGCACAAUUAUAGCAGCACACAGAAAUAUUCAGUGAAGAACAUAAACUAUAUGUUUAAAGUUUAAAAAUACAUUUGUCGUCAACUUUUUGUCAUUAUUUAAUUUACAACUAUUCGAAAAAAUCUUUAUGGUGGGCAGAAAAGAAUAAACAACCACAUACUACAAAAUAACAGAUGACGAAUUUAAAGAAACUGUUCAACUUAGCUGAGUUAGUUAUAAAGUUAUUCGAAAAUUAAACAUUUAAUUGUUAGAUACUAAUGCUUUCUGAAAUAAAUAAGUUUAAAACGAGCAGGCCAGAAAAUGUUUCCAUUAGGGUUUACAGAAACUUAUGCUGCAAUUGCGAUUUUCUUGUGUUUGUAUUGUUGAAACCGUGUACAAAUUUAUAAUUUAUUAUAAAAAUCUCUCCACACUCAAACACUGGAGAACAUUCAAUGACAAAACAGGAGAACUGAUCAUAAAAUUACAACUAAAUGUGUUCCAUCGACAGCCUAAACUACCUUUAAAAUUACUCAUGAUUUUGAUUAGCUACAGCAAAUCUUUUAUACUUUUUGAAUAAUAAACAACAGUGAAGAAAUUUAUAUUAAAUAAUGUUUAAUCCAGAUGUGUCAAACACACGAUCAGCUAGGUUUAUACCUUCAUCAAUGUUAAUACUUAGCAAACAAAUAAAAUUAUUUCUAGGUAGAUUAAAACAUGUCAUUCUCUCGAAACGAAUUUCCAUUCUACAUUUUCGUUCCACACGUCAAGCAGCUUGAGAGAGAAAAAAAAUAAGUUCGACUUCACUGGUUGAAAGAGAUCAGCAAAUGCUACCAAAUAAAAAAAUAUCGAAAACCAAAAUGAAGGAUAACUUCCAGACACGGUAAUCAAUCUGUAAACAGUGCGAGUUUUCCAGUUCGAUGAUUAUAUUUUCCGUUAACAUUAUUGGCAGGAUUUUUUUGCGUGGUUUUUGUGCUGUUAUCUUUUCGUGCUUUCUAUUUGUGGAUGGUUCUCUCACCUUUCGAUUCUUUAAUCGUGGUGUGGUUUUGGUAAGGGAUAUUUAUUAUUUUUCGCAUGCUUGUUACGGUAAACUGUUGGCCACGUCUCCGGUGAGGUGUGAAAAGAGCUCUGUGUCGUUGUUGAAACAAUUUCCAUUCCAUUGCGUUCGUGAAGGGAUGGAGCGUAGAAUGUGAUGUUAUUACAGCUGCACUGUUAAUUACAAACAGAUUGUAGAAGCGGAACAAGAUCUGCCGUAUAUCCUUUGGCAGGGAGGAUGGCUUGCCUCGGGGUUGUACAUCGUAACUCGCAAGUGGUGAAAGAAUCGGCCGUCGGUAAGCUUCGUGUGAAAAUGAACAGUGUGUUUGUACAUUUUACUUUUCCAUUCAAGUUUCCCAAGAGGACAUGUUAGUCUAGAGCGAUUAAGCACAUUCCCAAAAAUCAUAACUUCGAGUGAAUAAUAAUAAUAUUUUUUGAAAAGUAUGUGACGUCCGAAAAAUGAUUUUGUUUAAGGUUUUCUUAUGUAGAAAUUUUUAUAUUUUUGGCAGCUGUUGUCAUGUUUGGGGUCAUUAGUUAUGCUCGAUUAAAAGCUAGAGAAUUGAUUCUGAUUUUUGAUAAGUUUUCCUCCACAUGGUCCUCUCAAAGAGAUUCUUAUUUUGUGGAAUGAAAGUUUAAUGAAAAUUUCCUAUAAUUCGUAUAAAUUAAAAUACUUGG